AUGACAACGUCACUGCUCCUGCGCCCGCGCUGGAUCGACCCGGUCAUGUUUCUCUAUGAAAACGGCGGUGCUUCAGACGACGCAGGCAAGACCAUGGAUGCAUUUGUAGGGGGCAAUUUUGCGCCGAGCUCCUGCAGAAAUAUUAUGGCUCCCAGCACUGCUUACAUGUCGAGCGACGUAGCUACACCAGUAUCUGGCGAGCCUGGAAAGCAAUGCAGCCCAUGCUCGGCCACGCAGGGAUCUGGAGGUGCUUCGCUGCCUUUUGGCUAUUUUGGCGGCGGUGGAUAUUAUCCGUGUCGUUCCCCUGCCUCAGCAACUUCGCCUUACGGGGACAAAUUCAUGGAUAUGUCAGCCCCGUCGGCUGAGGAUUACGCUGUCUCAAGAGCCAAGGAGUUCGCAUUCUACCAGAGCUACGGCACAAGUCCGUACCAGCCCGUUCCCGGAUACCUGGAUGUACCCUUAGUGCAGGCUGUAAGUGGGCCAGCGGAAUCCAGACACGAGCCCUCUUUAUUGCCUGUGGAAAGUUAUCAGCCGUGGGCGAUCAGUACUAGCGGAUGGAACGGCCAAGUUUACUGCGCCAAAGAUCAAGCACAGACAGGGCACAUGUGGAAAUCUAUACCAGACGCAGUGCCUCAAGGAGGGCCAGAAGCCAGUUCGUUCCGGCGAGGCAGGAAGAAGCGCGUGCCAUACACCAAGGUGCAACUGAAGGAGCUGGAGCGCGAGUACGCGGCCAACAAGUUCAUUACCAAGGACAAGCGCAGGCGUAUAUCUGCUCAGACAAAUCUGUCCGAAAGACAGGUGACAAUCUGGUUUCAGAACCGACGAGUAAAAGAGAAGAAGGUUGUCAACAAAUUGAAACACGACAGCUAG